ACCUUCCCAUUUGGCCAGGGAAAAGGAUGGGAUUAAAGUCAAUGCCCUGUGCCCCUCCCCGUUUUAAUUUCUAGCCCUGGACUUGAGCUGCAGCCGCCACGAUUUGGGCCUUGUAAUUCUCUGUGGAGUAGCUCGGUUCUGCGGAUAACCAAAGCUGCGGUGGCCAGAAAGGAAGGAUCCCAGAGUCCAGGCAGGAUCGGCCAGUCCAGUGCUGGCAUCGUAGCCACUGGAGCUAUGAACUCUCUUACGCUGUUUUUUUUUUUUUUAAGCAAGCCGAACUUGCUUCUCAUUGAUACUGCCUAUCCGUUUCCUCAGCUUGGGUUGGGGUGCAGGAUGAGGCACCAUUAGGGCCUUUGAGGAUAGAGCACAAGUCCAGGUCGCUAGCCACCUCCGCCAAGGGACUGUGAAUCAAAGCUGAUCAAACUCAUUGAGCGCGCGUGUGGCAGAGUCGUGGGCUAGGAUCGAGCGCAUGGCACCACCAGACCUCAGAACCCUUCCCCUUGGGGGCAUCCUGCGCCUUCCUCCCUGCCAGCUUCUCCUUGGGGCCCUCUCUUGAGGAACAAGAGCGAACUUGGGGGCAGUCUGUGCGCCCGGUUCUCCAGCAGGCAGGCUCCGGGGGCCCACAUCAGGACCUGUGCCCUCGUGGCUAGUCUGCCAGGCGCGUUCUGGCAGGGGCGUUGGCUAUUCGGUUUGGGGUGAUACUGCGUUGAAUUUGACUCUUCAAGGCCGGGCAGGGGGAAACUCGCAUCUCCGAGGGCUGCAGGGAUUAUUUACAGGGAGCUCACGAACCAAACACAACAGUCUAAUUUAACCUUUCCAAGUCCUCGUAAAUUUUUACAGCUGGGAACCACAGCAAGGCAAACGAAUCUGUUGGUCGUUCCCGACUUCCCACCAGCCUGUGUGGCUUCUGAAACAAUAACUCCUUAUGAAAUAUCAUAAAUAUAGAUUUAAAUACAGUAGAGCGAGAAUGCGAUUUGGCUGCUUUUUUAUGGCUUCAAUUAUUGUCUAAUUUUAUGUGAGGGGCUCCUCUGGCCACACUCGCAUGCAGGACCCGAGCCUUCCUGAUGGCGUGAUUAAUUGUGAUAUAAAAUAGUCCGCUUUAGAAGUGUGUGUGUCUGCUGGGGGCUGGGGGGACAGGGGAGAGCACAGAGGCAAGGCCAGAUUUGAUCUUUUAAUCUUCGUUGGCCACAAUUAAAACAAACCCGAACGUGGAGCGGCGCGAUCCCUUUGCAUAAAAACAUAUGGCUUUUGCUAUAAAAAUUAUGACUGCAAAACACCGGGCCAUUAAUAGCGUGCGGAGUGAUUUACGCGUUAUUGUUCAGCGGGAGGGCACGUGACGCGCGUGGCCAAUGGGGGCGCGGGCGCCGGCAACUUAUUAGGUGACUGUACUUCCCCCCCUGGUGCCACCAAGUUGUUACAUGAAAUCUGCAGUUUCAUAAUUUCCGCGGGUCGGGCCGGGCCGGCCAGGCGCGGGGUACGGCAAUGGCCACCACCGGGGCCCUGGGCAACUACUAUGUGGACUCGUUCCUGCUGGGCGCUGACGCCGCCGACGAGCUGAGCGCGGGCCGCUACGCGCCGGGGGCGCUGGGCCAGCCCCCACGGCAGGCACCCACGCUGCCGGAGCACCCCGACUUCAGCCCUUGCAGCUUCCAGUCCAAGGCGGCGGUGUUCGGUGCCUCGUGGAACCCGGUGCACGCGGCGGGCGCCAACGCCGUGCCCGCUGCAGUGUACCACCACCAUCACCACCACCCCUACGUGCACCCCCAGGCGCCCGUGGCGGCGGCGGCGCCGGACGGCAGGUACAUGCGCUCCUGGCUGGAGCCCACGCCCGGUGCGCUCUCCUUCGCGGGCUUGCCCUCCAGCCGGCCUUAUGGCAUUAAACCUGAACCGCUGUCGGCCAGAAGGGGUGACUGUCCCACGCUUGACACUCACACUUUGUCCCUGACUGACUAUGCUUGUGGUUCUCCUCCAGUUGAUAGAGAAAAACAACCCAGCGAAGGCGCCUUCUCCGAAAACAAUGCUGAGAAUGAGAGCGGCGGAGACAAGCCCCCCAUCGAUCCCAAUAACCCGGCGGCCAACUGGCUUCACGCGCGCUCUACGCGGAAGAAGCGCUGUCCUUAUACCAAACACCAGACGCUGGAACUGGAGAAAGAGUUUCUGUUCAACAUGUACCUCACCAGGGACCGCAGGUACGAGGUGGCCCGACUGCUCAACCUCACCGAGAGACAGGUCAAGAUCUGGUUCCAGAACCGCAGGAUGAAAAUGAAGAAAAUCAACAAGGACAGAGCAAAAGACGAGUGACGCGAAUCGGGUUCAUUCAGAAAAGAGCAAGCUAGAGAGAAGGAGAAAGGACUGUCUGUCCUCUUCUCCCUCCUCUCCCCCAACCCCAGCCUCCCCCACCCCAGCCUCCACCACCCGCACAAAGCGGCUCUAAACCCCAGGCCUCAUCUCCCCCCUGGCAAACCCUGCUCAGGCUGGCUCCUUAGGCCUGCGGCUUUGAUGGAGGAGGUAUUGUAAGCUUUCCAUUUUCUAUAAGACAAAAAAAAAAAAAAAAAAAAAAAAAAGAGGGCAUUAGCGCUGAUGGCUAUGCGUGCUAGCUUGUAUAUAUUUAAAAAAAAAUCUACCUGCUCCUGACGUAAAAACAAAAGGAAAAAAACUACCUUUUUAUAAUGCACAACUGUUGAUGGCGGGCUGUAUAGUUUUUAGUCUGUGUAGUUAAUUUAAUUUGCUGUUUGUGCGGCAGAUCGCUCUGCCGAGAUACUUGAACACUGUGUUUUAUUGUGGUAAUUAUGUUUUGUGACUCAAACUUCUGUGCUGGGUGAUGCACCCGUUGUGAUUGUGGAAGCUAGAAUUCAAUUUGAACUCAGGUUGUUUAUGAGGGGAAAAAACAGUUGCAUAGAGUAUAGCUCUGUAGUGGAAUAUGUCUUCUAUAUAACUAGGCUGUUAGCCUAAGACUGUAAACUAUCUAUAAGGAUUCCCAGUGAAAUAAAAUUUGGAAAAAAAAGGAGAGAGGGGUUGUUUUUGGGAUACAUAGAUUCAUGGUUUCUCCACUUUUGAAAUGCAGGGCAUCUUAGGCUCUUCAUGCGCUAUAGUCCUGUCUUGUCCAUUGUAUAUAUAAUUAAAGAAAAAUUUCAUAAUCAGACAAGCUUGAAUAUUGUUUUUGCACCAGAUGAACAAGGAGGAAAUUCGGAGCUAUACGUAUGUGCAGAAGGUUACUACCUAUGGUUUACACUUAAUUUUAAUUGGGGGAAAAUAAAUGCUUAUUGUAAUGGAGUUAAUUUUAUUGAUAAUAAAUUAUACACCAUGAAACCACCAUUGGGCUACUGUACAUUUGUACCCUUGAUGAAUCUGGGGUUUCCAUCGGGCUGAACAUACACUGUAUAUUUUGCAAUAGUUACCUCAAGGCCUACUGACCAAAUUGUUGUGUUGAGAUAUUUAACUUUUUGCCAAAUAAAAUAUAUUGAUUCUUUUCUAA